AUGCUUCCCCAGGUUCUUCCCCUCGCGGCCUUCGCCGCCACCGUAUCAGCCCACGGCCUCAUCACGACGCCAACUCCUCGUGGACCUGGCGACGCGUCCGUCGCGGCCUGUGGACAGUCCGUCGUGGACAACAUAAAAAACGACAAGACGUCGCACGUAGAAGGUCUCCCGGAGCUCGCCGCCGCCGAUCCGGACUACCACGCCGAGCAGUGCAACGUCUGGCUCUGCAAGGGUCUCCAGUACGCCGACAACGAGGCCAACGUGCAGCAGUACACGGCCGGCCAGAGCGUUCCCAUCGAGGUCCAGCUGACGAUCCCGCACGUCGGGUCCGCCAACGUGUCGAUCGUCGACACCAAGACCGACACCAUCAUCGGGACGCCCUUGCUAAGCUGGCCCUCCGGCUACGCCGAUGAACGGGAGUUCUACGCUCACACGACUCCCGCUAACCAGACCAAAUUUAACGUUACCAUCCCCGAGGACAUCGGCUCCCAGUGCUCUGAGGCUGGUGCUUGCGUCAUCCAAUGGUGGUGGUACGGCACCGGAGCGAAACAGACCUACGAGUCUUGCGUUGACUUUACCGUUGCGUAG